AAACUGAUCCUUCAAACCUGGCAGGACUUCCUUAUGUUGGGUCUUAUUGCUUAAUCCAUGUCUACUAUAAGCAACUUUUAAUGCAAACUCUGUCAUUAGCUAAACCAACAAAAGGUCUUCCCAUGUGAUCUAUCCAGGCCUGCUUGUGGAGUCACCAUGAAGGCUCUCGCUCUCGCUCUGCUGUGCUGCACUUGACAUGGGGCUCCUUCGGUGAGAUGAUACUCUGUUUAUUAAUUGAAUGUAUUUAUUUGAUUUCACUACUCGUGAAUUCAUACAGAGCAAGGGCACGAAGCCCUCAUUAAUACCCUCCAAUGAAAACUCAGCAACUGAAGCCCCUGUGCUCCCCAGCAUGCAGUUUACACUGCUGUGCUGAACAAGUGAACAAUCAUUGAUGUUAUAAAUCACACGAUAAAAUAAAGCAUUGAAACAGCUGUAAGUCACGUUAUUACAAUUCAUUCAGGAGCUUAACAAAUACAAACAAUUCAAGUUUAAAAAUAUUCAUUCUGUCAUUCUUUUAGGAUGGAUGUUAAGAUCAUUAGACUCCUGGUCUACCGCUAUGUGCUAAAGUUUAAUCAAUCUAAAACAUUUUUUUUUAUAUAAAUGGCUAACAUCUCAUACGCUCGUAUUUCCAUUUUGACAACAUCUCCUUUUAUCAAUUCAUGUUUUAAGAGCUCGAUGUGUAGUUAUACAUAAACAAUAAUUGUUUUUCCACUCUGCACAAUAAUUAAAAGUCAUUUCCAUUAGUUAUCACAAGUUAUAAAAAGUUAUCAAUGUGUGCAUGACUGUGAGCACUUUAAUUGCUAGCUAUCAGACGCAGCACUACCUAUAGACGACCUGCUCUACAGUGUUUAUAUUCACUAUAUUAACCGAUGACCCCGCACUUUUUAUCUAUAAGAUUAAAAACAUUAUGUGGGCAAGUAAUUUUGAACAGUCAAAAAUAGGGUGCAGGUGUUUUAUUAAAUACAGUCGUCUGAUUAGAUUGGAGGGAUGUGAGGGCGUCCUGGAUGGUAUAAAAGUGGCUGCUCAGCCCCAGUUUCAGUGCAUCCAGGAACGCAGAGGAAGUGGUUGGGAAAGAUGAUGAAGUGGCUGAUCGUUGCUUUGGCGUGUUUGACUCUGUCAGAGGGACUUAUCAGGGUCCCUCUGAAGAAGUUCAAGUCUGUCCGCCAGCAGAUGAAGGAUAGCGGGAAGCUGAAGGCAAUCCAUUACACUGAUCCUGGCCUCAAGUACCAGGGCCUGCACCCCAAUGUCUACGCCACCUCCACCAACGAGCCUCUCAUGAACUACGCUGAUAUGUCCUACUAUGGGCCCAUCACCAUCGGGACCCCAGCACAGUCUUUUUAUGUCCUGUUUGACACCGGAUCCUCCAACCUCUGGGUUGCCUCUACGUACUGCAGCAGCCAGGCCUGCACAAACCACCCUGUGUUCAACCCCUCUCAGUCCUCCACCUGGUCCAGUAAUGGGCAGUCCUUCUCUCUGCAGUACGGCACUGGGAGCCUCACUGGGGUCUUUGGCUACGACACUGUCACUGUCGGAGGCAUUGCCAUCAGCAACCAGGAGGUGGGUCUGAGCACCAAUGAGCCCGGCACCAACUUUGUGUACGCCCAGUUUGAUGGCAUCCUGGGCAUGGCCUACCCCAGCUUGGCUGCAGGAGGAGAGACCCCUGUCAUGGACACCAUGAUGCAGCAGAACUUGCUGCAGGCCAACGUUUUUGCCUUCUACCUGAGCCGAAAUGAGGCACAAGGCAGCGAGGUGACAUUUGGGGGCGUUGAUCAGAGCCGAUACACUGGCAGCAUCUACUGGACUGACGUUACUAGUGAGUUGUACUGGCAGAUUGGAAUUAAUGGCUUCUCAAUCAACAACCAGGAGACUGGCUGGUGCAAAGGGGGCUGCCAGGCUAUUGUGGACACAGGCACUUCCCUCCUCACCUGCCCUCAGCAGUACCUGGGAUACCUGCAGCAGUACAUUGGAGCUCAGGCUAACGAGAAUGGGGAGUACAUUAUUGAUUGCAACAACCUGGCUAACAUGCCUACUAUUACCUUUAACAUCAAUGGAGUGAACUUCCCCCUGCCCCCAUCUGCCUACACCAUCGUUAAAAACCAGAAUGGACAACAGUACUGCACCAGCGGCAUCAUGGGUACCUACCUGCCUUCCCAGAACGGCCAGCCCCUGUGGAUUCUGGGAGACGUGUUCCUGAGGCAGUAUUACUCCGUCUACAACAGGCAAAACAACAGCGUUGGAUUCGCCGCUGCUGCUUAAGCCCCUCCCAUUCACUCCAGCCUCCGUCCAAUCCCUUUAUAACACACCUUGAACCGACCAACCAGAAUGGCUGCAAUGCUAGCCUGGGUUUCACCCUCCACACGCUGUGAGAGAGGGUGCAUUAUACAAAUAAAAACAUACA